AUGUUUACCAUCAUUGUUAUUUUAUCUGUUGCAAGUCUUACAAUUACAUAAGAGUUAAAUGAUAGUCAAUCAAAUAGAACAUUCUUAGAUUAUAAUUAAGAUGAAUAGAGUAUGAAUACAUUUAAUAUUAUAUUAGAUCAUGAAAUGAUGCUCACUGAAAUAAAUGAAAAUAGACAUACUGUCUUUUACUUUCAUAAAUGGAGUAAUUUCAUAGUUUGGGGAAUUUUAGUAGAUAUUGGAUUAUUAGCAAAUAGAUAUGGAAUAUUCUUAAAAUAAAGAUUAAAUUUACACAGUAUCAUUAUGGGAUUAUGUGUAUUACCUACCAUGAUAGCAGAUAUAUUAAUGAGUUUGAUUUGGAAUCCUCCAUAAUUUCAUGGUAAAGAACAUUUGGCUUAUUGGCAUGCUCCUAUUGGAUUUGCAUUUCUAGGUCUAAUGGGAUUAUAAAGUAUUGGAGGUUUAAUUUUAAAAUUAUGUAUUGAAAAUAAGAAAACAUAGAAAACAAUUAAGAUUUAAUAAUUAUUUCAUAUUUAUAUAGGUUAUUUCAUGUAUUUGAUUGGUAAAGUUGAAUGUGGACUUGGAUUCUAUGAAGUUUAUAAUUAUUAUGUUGAAGAUGGAAGAUGGAAUUUGAUUGGAUUUUGGAUUACUUAUGUUUUGAUAUUCUUUUGGAGAGUUUUUCUAGAAUUCUUUUAUUAAAAUGGAACUCUGUUUUCCAUCAUUUUUAAAAGUAAAGAAGAAUAGUAAUGUUAACCUAAAACUAUUCAAGAUGCUUUAUUUGUAUAACAUGUAUUAUAAAAUGGUAAUAUAAUUAAAUUUAUAUUUUUUAGAUUUUUAAAGCAUUUAAAGAGAAUAUAAAGAUUAAAUGUGGUUUAUAUUUAAUAAUGAGAUCAUAAAUCUAACAGGAUUUGUUCAUCCAGGUGGAUAAUAUAUUUGGGAAAAAACAAAAGGAAGAGAAAUAUCAAGAUUUAUUUAUGGAGGUUAAGGAUUAGAAGAUGGUAGUUGUCCACCAUUUAAACAUUCAGAUAAAGCAAUUUAAAUGAUUAAAUAGAAUACAAUUGGUAGAAUCAAUAAUAUCAAUUUUAUUAUUUAAAAUAACAGCAUUUUAUAAUAUAAUACAAAUUUGUGGAAAUUAAUUACAAUUAAUUAAAUAUCAGAUAAAGUUAGUUAUUUUGGUUUUAAUAAUGAAUUUAGAAAAAUUUCAUCAUAAUUAACAAAUUAUAACUAAUUUGGAAGGUAUUAUUAAUUGAAAGUUCAUUCCAACUCUUAAGUACCAAUUAGAUAAUACACUUGUAUUUUGAGUAUGGCCCCAGAAAAUGUUUAAUAUAGAAAGUAUUUAUUAAAUUUGAUUGACACACAAUUACAAAAUAAAGAAUGGGUUGAUCAUUUUCAUUUAUAACCAAAAUAUUUAAAUGAACUUCCUUUAAUAAUAAAGAAGUAUGAUUCAAAGAAUGGAUUCUCUCAAUAUAUUCAUUAAAAUCAAUAUGAAUAAUAUGAAAUAAUGGGACCUUAUGGACCAUCAUUAUCUUUACCAAAUAAAGGCAAAAUUGUUAUUAUAUGUGGAGGAACAGGAAUUUUACCAUUUCUAGACUUAUUGGAUUUUCUUUUAUAAUCAAUCAUUUACUAAAUUGUAGAGAAAAAAUAUGGUAAAUAAAUUGCUGAUAUAUUAAAUCCAUUUGAAUGUUAAUUCCAUACUAAUUUACAUAUUACACUUAUAUUUGCAGCAGCCAAUAAAUCAGAAUUGAUAGGUUCCAAUAUCUAUUUUCCAUUAUUACACUUUUAAAAAUAAUUAUCCCAAUAAUGUUUUAAAAUGAUACUCAAAUUAAAAGAGUGGACAGAAAAUGUAUGUUGUGUGAAUGAAAGAUUUAAUAAAGUAUUCUUUUAAAAACAUAUUGGCUUUGUAUCAUAAUAUGAUAAAUUUUAUAUUUGUGGACCUCCAUAAAUGAAUUAGACUAUUCCAACUAUAUUAAAUGGUUUAGGAGUUUAAGAAUAAGAUAUACAUUUUGUUUGA